AGAAAACCCACGGGCUGGAAGCCUGUAACAUUAAACAAGGCCAAAAGGAAUAAAAAAAAAAAAAAAUCACCUUUCCGCUGCAAAUCACAAAGACCCAAAUGUUGAAAAAGAAGAUACAAACAGAUGGGUUCUCGUUUUAGGCUUAAAGCCGAUUACUUUGACUACGUUUUGGAUAAAGAUUUGGGAUUUGUUGGUUACUUGCAAUUCUGCAAGUGGAAAAAAGAAAAGAGAUGUUAUGGACCAAAAAGAUAGCAAGGGGUGAAGGGCAGAAUGAGAUUAUGAGAAGAUGGGAAGAAUUGCAUUAAUGGUGAGUUGGUCCCGCAUUUUUAUCACAACGUUUUUAUACCAUCUCCCUGCAACGCUGUCUCUGUACAGCUACUGAGUCAAGUCAUGAAGAUAAGUCUUGCACAGAACCACUAUUGUCAUCACUCUCAGCCGUUGGAUCUGUAAAACAAAAUUCCCUUUUCUUA